UUUUCCCCCUUUCCUAUUCAUCCUGACCCCUCUUAGUUUCUCCUUUACAAUCAUCUAAAAAUCAUAAGCUGUGCAUCAUUACAGCAGAGGAAUGUGUAAUGUGUGCGUGUGUAUGUGGGGAGCAGAAGCAGCAAUUAGGUUCCUAUGCAUUAUACAAGAGAUGAUACAGAGAUACAGAGUGCAGCGCAGACGCAGCCUUAGAUUUAUAGAGAUUUAGGAGAAGGGGGAUUGUGCAAACAGUCCAAUUCACUGUCAGACCAGUGCAGUGGCAGAGCGUCGGACAGCAGGGGUUGUGUCGAGGAGGUGGGGUCUGUCCCAUGUGUCGACUAACUGAUGGAGAGAAGAGGGGCACUGCACAGUGAGUAUGAAAGGACACAGAGUGCUACGCAGAGUGAGAGUGAGAGAGAGAUAGACUGCAGGCAUGCAGCGACACAGAGCAGCAUGUAUGUUUAAAGAGGCUGCUGCAGAGUAGGCUACUGAUGAGGUGUGUGAAGCAUGAUAUCCAAAGAGACCUGAAGUUAGAGAUCCAUCAAACAUGUGAUUGGAUAAUACCCCUCAAGACCUAUGUCAUGUGACUUUGCUGUGGAGUUGGUAGACCCUCGCCAUGCUCUUUCUGUGGCAUCUUUAUCUUCUUCUCUCCCUCCUCUCCUCACCUCUCUCACUUCACGUCACUGCCAUUACUAAAGAGACUGUGACAGAAACAGAGCAUCCAGACACUGACAAAGCAGUUCAUCAUCUCACACAGUCCUUAACUCAUGGAUUUGGAUCAGCAGAGAACCCUUCGAUGGGAGAUGAGAGUGUUGACUUCCUGGGUCAACCUUUGAGUUGGUCUUUAUCAUCAUCUGAGGAGUCAGAUAGACAAGGUGUCAUUGGGGAAUACACAGAUCUACAGGAGGGCACAGAGAUUUCUCUUUUGUAUUCUAAUGAGAAAGAACUUUUCAUUUCCAGACCAACAGAUGGUGCAACAGAAGAUGCUGCCUUGAAGGAGAGUACACAACCAGUAUGGUCACCAUUGAAGUAUGUACCAGCUGAGACUAGCACUGGAUCCAUAUUUCAUUCUUCACAGGCUGGAAAGAACCAGUCAACUUUUUCAUCAUCAGACAGCCAGUUGCCUUUUCUUCUGUCUGGCUCCCUUCCCUUAGACCAGGGCUUCACAUCCCCACCAGCUGCUAGACCCAGGCCAAGCCCAGAGCGCCUUACUCCACUUGAAUGGACCACUAGCCCUUCGGCUGUCGCACUGGGACAGACACAAGAGGGAACUGUACCAUCCAAAGAGGCUGAAGCUGGAUUGAUUGAUGUUACAGAGCAGAAUUUGCAGAGAGGAGCUGUCAGAACAGAGACAGACAAAGAUGACCUAAAGGAUGAUGUCUCUCAGGUAGCUGGAACAGUGUCUCUUGGAACCACAGACACAACUGCCACACCCUGCAAAACAUCUAAUCAGUCUUUGACACCCACCUACCCUGAAGAUUUUAUUUCCAGUGAGUCCCUGCGUACCUCUCUGGCUCUCACCUCUGCCCUUUUCGUCCCUCUGUACUCAGACUGGAACUCUGCCCUUGCCACAUGGGGAUUUGCGUGGGAAGCCCACAUCUAUGGCCUCGGGGCUGUGUUCACUGGAUUUGGCCUGAUCUCUGUAGUCUGCCUGUUAGGCUUACCCUUACGAUGCCCCCCAGGAAGCCCCUUCUUCACCUUGCUGCACUUGUUCCUCUUAUCUUUUGCAGGGAUCCAAGCUUUCUGUUUGCUCUACGACGCCUACAAUCACCAAGAUCGUCUGCCUCCUAUGGUCUCUCUUUUGCUGUCUGAGCUGCUCUUCCCCUGUCUGAUAUCAGCCUUCUCCCUGGCAUUCUUCCUUCUCUCCUUUCGCUCACGCAAACAUCUUUCACUGCCACUCGCUAAUUCCACCUCUUUCUCAAUCUUACCCAAACCCAGCCUGUUAUUGUGUAUGACCCUGUUGCACAUAAUUGUCUCUCUUGGGUGUGUUGGCAUGCUCGAGCUCUUUCACAGCCUCCCCAGUGUGAUCCUGCUUUUCCCUCAGGGUGUGUUUGUAUGCCUGUCCAUCUUUCUCUCAUUCUAUUACCUCAUCUUCUUCUGCUUAAUACAAGUCAACACAAAACACAUCUACAGGCUGAAUGACAAUGUAGAGAGUGGAGGGUCUCCUGAAGUGAUGCAUCCUGCAAGUGCCCCCUUUGCAAAAGAGGAGGACUGGGGUAGGGCAGCCGGAGCAGGGUUAGGGGCUUCAUUGUGCCUGUUAGGAUGCGGAGGCUUCCAGCUUUAUGGAAUCCUGCAUGGCCUUGGUUUGGGUGCCGUCAGUGGGUAUGGGUUUCAACCCUGGCCCUGGUGGGGCUUCCAGGUAGGCUGCAGAAUCUGUGAGAUUGGAGUGUGCCUAGGUUUGUCUCUAAUUGGUACACACCCUCUGUUCUGUCAAAAUAACUCUUCUAUCAAGACAAUGACUCAUCCUCGGCCAGGAUCUUGGUCGCGCCUUUCCUGCAGCUCCCCUUCUCGGAGACUCACCCUCCCCUCUGACAGAGAUGCAGAUUCUCCUGUCCUAUCCCCUAAUGAGUCCUGGUCCCAGAGUAAGCAGGACAACCUGGUGGUCUGUGAUGUCAUCACCAAAGGAAAACCAGAGACUUUACCCCUUUUCUCAAUGGUAGAUCCUCCUGGGAACGGACUGGACUGUGUCCCCAAGUCCAAUCAAAUCCGUAACACUGUAUUACCUCUACCCACUCCCCCAAGCCCCCCACACAAGCCUAAACCUGCAGCUGAGUCUCAGAUAUCCUCACUGGAUAGCCUAAGACUGGACACUGACUCAACUGUGGAUCUGCGGCCCCCAUCUCCAAUAAACUUGUCCCGAAGCAUUGACCAGGCUCUGUUCAGUGAAUCCCUAUUCUCCCACAGUAUAUUUGAUACUCCAAGACUAUUUAAUGCUUCAUCAAGCCACUCCUUGAGCUCUCCUAGCCAAGGUAAGCCAAAUCAAGGGCCUAGUUCAAUGGAAAAUGCCCUUUACCGCACAUCUUCCUGUGGAGAUGUUGAUCAAGAGAACCUGUCCCUUUCAAGACCUUCCCAGUCACAUGGCACUCACAGCAAGUCACCAGUGUCACCAGAGCAAUGGGAUUGGAAAGGGAGUAUCUCUGGCUCAACCCAGGGUCUGUGUAACCAUCCCAAAGAGACAGGAAAGUUGCGCUCACACUCCUGGGCCAACAGAGGUCAAAACUUUGCUCAGAGCAGCCUCCCGAGAGCAAUCCCCCACCUGUCCUAUCACAGGCGUUACCGAACCCUGAGUCUCGCUUCCCAGGACAGUCAGGGGUCCGGCCGGCUUGCUGGGACUAAACAACUGAGUGAAAGCAAACAGCUCGAAUGGGAUAUGACUGUUCAGGCAGAGUUUGUCAAUGUGUGCAGACAAAUUGAUGCCCUGAGUGUGUGCAGUGACACCAUAGACUUGUAGAAGUUGCACAAGUUAAUUUAUAUGAGAGUAACAUAAAAUUGUCUCAAGUAUACAGAAAAGGAUAAAAUGAGUUGUAUAUCCAAGCUUAUUUAUAUAAGAAUUCUACUGUUAUUAUUACAAGCUUGAUCUAAAGGCUGAUGUCAUCCCACUACUUCAGAAACUUCGGCUAGCUAGUUUUUGCAGUACUAAAGAAUGUAAAUGGCGCCAACACAUCAGCUGUUUUGGAAACCUCCUACUAAAAAGUAGUAUGUAGUAGCAAAAUCUGCAGUGUGCCAAAACUACCAGGAUGUUGUACUGUUCUGGGAAGAAUUCUCAGUAUGUAGCAGACCAGUCUCCAUCACAUAUUGUUUCCAACAAUGCACAGCGCUAACGUUCUGCUUCUUCUUGUUUGCAUUUCUGGUGGUUAUCAUUCAGUUUUCAGGUGCUUUACUGCCACCUCCUGUGCUCGAGUGUGGGCAAGAGUCCAAUACAACAAUGCUAACAUUUAACAGUCUGUUACAUUUACAGGGAAGUAAUGUAAAAGAAACACCAGUGAAUCUUAUUACUUCCAGUCCAUACAGAGACAAUACUCAUCUCACAGGUAACUGUUCGUAUCUGUGAAAAUUAUUAAAUGCCAUAUAAACCACCUCUUAACUUUUUUAAAUUACAAGUGGAUGCUAAAGAAGCUGUUUCACUAUCAGCUUGUCCAUGGUUUACUUUUGCUUUCCAAAACCAAAAACCAGCCAAGCCUGGCCCAGUAUACUGCAAAACAGAUCCAACAGAACAGUCAUACCACAUUCUACCUUCAAACAGUAUGCAGUGUGCAGUACAUACUGUAUUCUACAUUAGUAGGUAGUAUGUAGCAGGUGGUUUUGACCAUUGACUUGAAGUUUCAUGAUUGUAUCUAACAUAAUGAGCUUUUUAUAUUUGAAACAAUCCUGCAGAAAGAGGUUGGAUUUCUCACUGUUGUUGAAAAAUUGUGAUUUAAUUUGUUGAAGUAGAAAAAACUUAGGCUUUGAAUAAAAUGAGAAAAGUCCCUCUGAGCAAACAAUAAUAAAACCUCAACCAUCAGCGGGAGCUGUUGAAUUUGGUAAUAUGGGCUAAAUUUGUCAAACGUUUACUUUGAUAUGUGAAAACACAUUUUAGCAUGUACUAUAUUUUGAACAAGAUUUUGAUAUCAGUGCAGUGUAGAAAAAUAGAAAUGAUGUAUUCACAGAAUGUCUUCCAUGUUUAGCCAAAUAUUUCAAAUAGUUGAAUGAUUAAGUGGCAAUAAGCUGAGUUUUGACUGUGUCACCAUGUUUAUUUGAGGUUAAUAUUUCUAGACACACUUCGUAGUAUUUCUUAAAUGAUGAAUAAUGUUUUUCUUUUUCAAUUUGAAUUUAUUGACUGGUAGGGGUUAAGAGAAAAAGGAGUAACCAGGUAGCCACUGUCAAACUUUACACCAUAUUUUUCCGCUGAUAUGACAAAAAAAAAAAAAAAA